AUGCUUUCACGUUUUGUUAUUCCAGUUCCAAAAAUAGCAAGAAGAUAUUAUAAACCUGAACCACCUAAAUAUUAUACCAAUGAUCCACAAAUCGGGGAUUAUCCAAAUUUACCCUUUGAAUCGAAAUUUAAAAGGUCACCUUAUGGUUGGUGGGAUGAACAAGAAAGAAGAAAUUUUGGAGAAUCGUUUCAUGAACAAGAAGAUGCAAUAAAUGUGUGGGCAUUUGAUAUUUAUGAUUGUCACAUUCCUACAGCCUUAAAACAGAUGGCCACUUUUUUCCUUGGUGUUGGUGUACUUGCAAUAAUUAUUACAGUCACUGUACCCGAAAGACCUGCUGUUCCCAAAACUUAUCCUUAUGAUAAUUUACGAGUUGAAUUGGGUGGUGAUCCGGAUGACGUAAAUGAUAGAGGAUUGUCAUUUCCUCCUCCUCGUAUGUAA